UCUUCUUCUUCUUCACCUCCCCAUUCAUCUUUCAACUCAGAGAUCGCCUCCAUUUUUUUCAGAAAAAAAAACGAUGAGCAGACCAGGAGAUUGGAACUGUAGGUCAUGCCAGCACUUGAACUUUCAGAGGCGUGACUCGUGCCAACGUUGCGGGGACUCUAGGUCCGGUGACUUUGGCGGUUUCGGCGGGAGAGUUGGAUCGUCAUUCGGGUUCAGUACCGGGUCCGACGUCCGGCCAGGCGACUGGUACUGCUCUGCCGGGAACUGUGGGGCGCAUAACUUUGCCAGCCGCUCUAGCUGCUUCAAAUGUGGCGCUUUCAAGGAUGACAUUGGUGGUGGCGGCGGCUUUGAUAGUGACAUUCCACGCUCCAGAGGUUCAGGAUUUGGUGGCAAUCGAUCUGGAUGGAAAUCAGGAGAUUGGAUUUGCACCAGGUCUGGAUGCAACGAACACAACUUUGCGAGCAGAAUGGAGUGUUUUAGAUGCAAUGCUCCGAGGGACCUUGGAAGCAGAAUCUCAUACUAGACUUAAUACUUCAUUUCUGGGUAUUGCAGGCAAGGAAGAGAGAAAGAAGAUCAAGUCGUAAAAUAUAUGCAUUUUCUUGAUAUUAAAUAUUUGUUUUGGGUGCUAGGUAGGGUUUUCUCGAGGUGAGAAAUAUGGUUUAAAAUUAACCAAUGUUCAUCACUUUGGGGAAUACCCAAUUUAGGAUAUUUUGUUAGGUUUUUGAAUUCCCAUAAAAAUUAUUAUUAUAGCAAUGAAUGUAGCCAUUUGUGGUGCUUUAGUUUCAAUUUAUUCAUCCAUUUGUCUUUUUGUUUUUCAAGAGAUUAUUGUAUGUUGCAUGGCUUUCUUAAAAGAAGAUAUGAUUCUCUGA